CUGGUCCGAGGGAUGACCCUAUCAAUGAGGUUCCUGAUGGAUAAGCCCCACAGACACCAGGAGAUGUCACAAGGAUUAGUUUCUGAAGCUUCUUGUACGACGCAGCUACACUUAAAUUCUUAAGUCAAAGCUGAACAGGAAGUAGAUCUGCUACCGAAACUUGUGUCCUUGCGACAUGAGUGAAUAAGAAUACCAACAGUAAAAUACUGUAUAAGGUGUAUCGGAGAAGAUUGGAGAAGCAUUUGUCAGCGUGGAGAUACUUAUAGGAGUAAUGUGGUGUUGUCGACCCGCGUUCCAGUUACACCGAGGCGUGGGUCGGGAAGAAGUGAUGUCUUCUACACUGGUCGAGACAGUAUCCAUUAACUAUGAGGACUUCAAUGAAUCCUUCCUCACGUGUGGGACAUGUCUUUCUCUAAUAUGGACAGGUUCCUUUGAUGGGGUCGAACACACCCCUAAGCUGCUACACUGCUCGCACACCGUUUGUCUUCACUGCCUUACUCGGAUUGUCGCCUCCCACGCACGUGAUGAUGGCACGUUUCGCUGUCCAAUAUGUCGGGAGUCUAUACGCAUUCCUUCGGGGGGAGUGGCGGCUCUACCCCCCUCUUUCUUAGUGAACCAAUUAUUGGAUCUCAUGUCACGACAGAGACGAGAAGUUGUACCCAAGUGUUCCACCCAUGCUAAUCAGGAAUUACUGUUUUGUGAGUCGUGCGACCUUGUGUUUUGCAUGCAGUGUAGCAAUGGGUCCCACCAGGGCAGUGCUGCCAGCUAUCAACACACAGUCAUUCCACUCUCCAUUGCUAUCAAAAGAAUGUCAGAAAUACUAUGUUAUAAGGCAAAUGAAUGUUAUUCAAAGUUGAAUGAGGCAAGUGAUGCAGUAACUUCAGAAAUGCAUCAACUGGACCAUGCAGUUGACUCAACAUUUGAGGAUGUCAACAGAGCAUUCCAAGCAAUUAUUGACACGAUUGAGCAACGGCGAGAAGCAGUCAUCAACAAUGUUAAAAAGAUGCGCGAUGAGAAGAAGAAGGUUUUACAGGACCAGUUAAACAUCAUUGAGGGAGAGAGACGGAAAGUUCAACAGGAAUGUGAAGGUCUUCAGUACCAAGUAGAAGUUCGAAACAUUACCAAAAAGAUUGCUCACCUUAACACAAAAAUUGACUCUCUAUCCACAUUAGUUGAACCAAGAGAAAAUGCUUUCCUGAAAUUUGAAAGUCAUCACAAUGAGGCCUUUGAUCAGAUUCAGGCAACUAUUGAGGAUUAUGGACGGAUUGUUUCAAGUAAAACCUUCCCGAGUUUGUGCUUUAUGAAGGCCAAGAAAGCCAUGACUCAUUUACGCAGUGAAGUUGUAGUUCAUACUGUCGAUUACGAUGGAGAGAGUCAAAGUACAGGUGGCGACCCUGUUGAAGCGGAAGUAAAGACUGAAGGUGGGGAUGUGAUUGAGAGCCAAAUUGAAGACAAUGAGGAUGGGUCUUAUUCUGUAUUCUUUACCCCUGAGCAAGGUGGGACACACAGUGUGGCUGUGAAAAUAUUUGGGAGAUCGAUCAAAGAAAGCCCAUUGCAUGUGGAAGUGAUCGAUGAACAUAAUCCAGAUAUUGUGUAUGGUUCACGUGGUUCUGGAAAGGACCAGUUUUUGCAACCAGUGGGAAUAUGUAUCGAUGACAAUGAGUAUAUGUAUGUGGCAGACACAGGAAAUUCUCGAAUUAAGGUGUUGAGUCCGCAACUGAAAGAAGUGCAACAUAUAGUGGGUGAUGCCUUAGAGGGCAGAAGCGUUACGGGCAUUACUCGAACUCCCAGCAGUUCCUUAGUGUUUGUGAACUGGCGGAAGAAGACUAUAACAGAAGUAACUUCCUCAGGUCAGCUCCUUUCCCAGUUCACUCAUGAACAGUUAAUAGAACCAACGAUGCUGGCAGUUAACAAUGAUGGUGAAAUUCUUGUAGCAGACAAUGCAGUGAAUUCAAUUUUUGUUUUUCUUCCCGGUGGGAAACUGGUAAGAAAGUGGGGGGUGAAAGGGAACAAGCCAGGUCAGUUGGGGUCCAUUGCUGCACUCUGCACUGGUCCUGAUAAUGAGAUAGUGGUCGCUGAUUCAAGAAUACAAGUAUUCUCUCCUGAAGGACAGUUCUCACGCACUAUUUUUGAAACUAAAGGGAAAGGGCUAAAGGGGACAUAUGGAGGUCUCUUUUUGGACCCCAAAGGUUUAUUGCUGGCUACGAGACAAGAGCGCAACAAUUCCUGUAUUCAGGUGUUUGAUUAUACACUUGGAACGCUUAUCUUCACUAUAGACUCCCGUGAGGCAAAGCUGAAGCGGCCUUCAGGGUUAGCCACAACACGGGAUGGCCACGUUGUCAUUGUUGACCUCGGUAAUGACUGCGUCAAGAAAUUCAGGUAUAUGUAGAUAAGAUGGACUGAAAAAUUGUUUGUGUAUCAGGAAAACCUACCACCAGCAGAGAAACAUAUUUGAUAUGCCAGUGUCGAUAACCAUCCACCAGCAGAGAAAGAGAGAGAGAGAUGUUUGAUAUACCAGUGUUGAUAACCUACCACCAGUAGAGAGAGAGAUUUGACAUACUGAUGUCAAUAACCUACCACCAUUGGAGAGAUGUGUGUUUGAUGUGCUGGUGUUGAUAAAAUAUGUCAAGUACUUAUUUGUAUGUCACUAUGUGCAUAUUACUAUAUGCAUCGAGUAAUUAAUCUAUUCGCAAUGCAAUAUUCAUACUUAUGUGAGAGGUGUUCAUAAUAUAAAAUCUAGCCAGUGUUUAUACAUGUUGGUUUUCACUAUUGCAUAGGUCUUUUAUGUAAAUGAACUACUGCUUUAAAAAUAACUUGAAAGUUCUGUUAAUCUUAAAGUUAUUCCAAUCUUAUAUUAAUUUUGCAGGGAUAAAGGUAAAACUUUGACCAUGGCUAUUAAGACAAUUACUUUAUAGCUAAAGUUAUCUUGGUCGCAGUGUGCAGGUCCCGCUUGCUUUACAUGAUGUAUGCAUUCGUGAUCCAUGGCACAUAAACGAAGCCAUUGUAACGUAAAACAGUGGGAGUCGUCCUGAUGCUGCAAAUUCCACAUUUUUUGAAUAAUGUUUGCCCCCCCCCCAAAAAAAAAUGCAUUGAAUGGUAAUACGCAUAGAAAGGAACAAAUUUGGUCAAAAACAAAUCGAGAAAACUAAAAAUCUAAAUUCAGUCAUAACUUCCCUCCCCUUUUUCCCUUCUUUUCUGCCUCCAUCACCAGCCAACACAGUAAUCCCAUAUUUGUGACAGUGCAACCCAAUUUCGUCUGGCCGAUAAGCCUUUUUUUUGUGUGUGGCACGUGACACUUAAAUUGAAAACUAACUAUAAGAUUUCUUUCAAAAUAUUCUCAUCCAACUGCAUCCAAGUGGUUUCUUUCGGAUUAUUCUUUCUUUUUAUUGUCAGUAUUAACCAGGUUAAAGAUAUUUGAGGAGAUAUUAUUAGAAGAUCAAAUGUUGGGCCAGGGUGAUCACACCAGAGUGAAAUUAAUAUCACUCAAAUUCAGAUUUUUCUUUCUUUUUAUGCUGUAGAAAAGUAAUGCAGUUUACAUGUAAUAAAACAUUGUUUAGGCACAAAAGAAAACCACUAGUAUGUAAUGUAUUUUGGGGAAAUGCAGUUAAAUGCAUAGCAGAUUACUGGUAAAAAUAGGCCACUGGAGAUCAGCAAAUUCACAGAAAGUGAGUCCACAUGAGGGAGACUUGUACGUACUAGUCAGAUUUUUAUCGUUGGGCUGAAUUGAUUAAAUGACAUCAGUAAGCUUUUGAGCAGUGUUGCAGGCCAAUAGAGAAAGCCAGUUCCCAAAUUACAAGACUGACUACAACACCUGAUUUGAAACAACAGUCAAGUUUCUUGAAUGUGUAAGUGAACUGAUGCUGCACUGUUUACUUUAUGGUGAAUAUUUUUUUUUUAAAUGUUAUCAAGAGAAAAUUUUAAUGUGGCACUGUAUUUAAAAAUAUUGUUUGUAAUGUAGCAGAGAUAAAUAAUAUAAUUAAUCAACAAUAUGAAAAAUGGGAGGAAUUACUGUAGACAGGAUAGGAGGAGGGUUGUAACAGUAGUUGUAUUGAAGGUGGAGAAGCACGAACUAGGGAAUUACACUUUUCUGUGAGCAAGUGAUUGUUUUCUAAUGGAAUCGUUGAAGCAUCUGUCUUUGGCUGGUUAAAUUUUUAGAUUUUACUAAAAGUAAAAAAUUGGAAAUAUUAGUUGUCAAAUGAAAUAAUGCAAUAUUGAUGAUUUAAUCUAUUGCUUGGUGUAAUUGAAUGAGAUUUGAGUUUACUAAAGUUAUUAAAUAAAUGCAUUUAGUGAUUAAUAUCCAAAUUGUGAAAGCACUACUCAUACAGUACCCCCAAAUAGUUACCAGAGAGGAAUUUAGGAAAUGCCAUAAUUUUUAAUAUUGCGUAUGUGCUUGAGUAACAGCAUUUAAAAGUAUGUUCAAUAUAUUACAAAAUUACUUAAAGUUUUAUAUAGUCUGAGAAAACUCUCAAUUAAAAGAUUGAUACCAGCUCUUUUAAAGUACAUAACUAAAGUGUUAACAUUUACAUAUUAAAAAUAUAAUACAGUGGAACCUCUACUUGCGAGCGUGUCCACGUGCGAGUUUUUCCAAAUACGAGCAGUCGAUGGGUCGAUUUUUUGCUUCCAUACGCGAGCAAAAUUUCCACAAGCGAGCAGACCUCAAGGCAGGUUCCUUGACACUGGUGAGGGGCUCUUGCUCUUGAUCUCGGGAAUUGUAUCUCAUUUGUUUGUUGGACUAUCUUAUUGAAACUUUGGCAAUGUAUGAUGGAAAGAUGCUUCUUAAUGUACACCAAAAAUGAAAGAAAUCUAAGCAUAAAUAAUGGAGUUCACUUCUCAGCAAUUAGUCACCCCUUAGUGGUAAUUUCGAAUGGUUUUUAUGGUUGUAUUCUUGUUUUUUUGGUCUCAUUUGAUAGAAUGGAAGAUAUAUUACAGAAAUAGAUACGAUUUUGAUUGCUUUCAUGAUGAAAAGUGCCUUGAAAUUGAGCUCAACCUAGGAGAAAUGGUCCCUGUCCAUUCCAGUAUGCACUCGUGAAUGGGUUGACAUAUUUAUACAAUUAUUGCAGUAAGGAAUAAUUGUAAAUCUUAUAUUUUUUGUGAAUAAAAAUUACAAAUAAUUUAUAAAAUAAUAAUGAUAAUAAUAAUAACGAUAAUAAUAAUAUGUAUAAUAAUAAUAUGAAUAAUAACAAUACAUAUAAUAAAAAUAAUAUAAUACAAUAAUAAUAAUAAUAUAAUAUUUUUUUUUUUUUUUCAACAAGUCGGCCGUCUCCCACCGAGGCAAGGUGACCCAAAAAAGAAAGAAAAUCUCCAAAAAGAAAAUACUUUCAUCAUCAUUCAACACUUUCACCACACUCACACAUUAUCACUGCUUUUGCAGAGGUGCUCAGAAUACAACAGCUUAAAAGCAUAUACGUAUAAAGAUACACAGCAUAUCCCUCCAAACUGCCAAUAUCCCAACUCCCUCCUUUAAAGUGCAGGCAUUGUACUUCCCAUUUCCAGGACUCAAGUCCGACUAUAUGAACAUAACCGGUUUCCCUGAAUCCCUUCACUAAAUAUUACCCUGCUCACACUCCAACAGAUCGUCAGGUCCCAAGUAUCAUUCGCCUCCAUUCACUCCUAUCUAACACGCUCAUGCACGCUUGCUGGAAAUCCAAG